CUCCAUCAUUUCUCUCUUAUUUAACCUCUUUAUGGCUCUCUUCAUCUUCUUACAACUCUGCACUAACGCAUAGUUAUUCCUUCUCUCUUUCCUAAUUCUUCGAUCUAGCUAGCUUCCGUGGAGCUGAAGCUAUACGUAGUCGACACUUAUGGGAAGAUCUCCGUGCUGCCAGAAGGUGGGCUUGAAGAGAGGGCGGUGGACGGCGGAGGAGGAUGAGAUAUUGACCAAGUACAUUCAAGAAAAUGGGGAAGGCUCAUGGAGGGCAUUACCCAAGAAUGCAGGUUUGUUGAGGUGUGGGAAGAGUUGUAGGCUGAGAUGGAUAAACUACUUGAGAGCUGACCUCAAGAGAGGAAACAUCACUGCUGAAGAAGAAGACACCAUUGUGAAGUUGCAUACUGCAUUGGGUAACAGGUGGUCUCUGAUAGCUGCACAGUUGCCAGGAAGAACAGAUAAUGAGAUCAAGAAUUAUUGGAACUCUCAUUUGAGCCGAAAAAUUUACUGCUUCUCCAAGACCAUAAAUAGCACCUCCCCUAGUGAUAUUGAUGCUGUCGAAAUAGCCGUAGCAAGCAAGCGAAGAGGCGGUAGAACCAGUAGAUCAGCCAUGAAGAAACAAACGUUGGCAUUAAUGUCACUGGGGAAGAGGUUGAAGACUGGAGGGGAUGAUGUGCUUCAACCCAAAACCCAAGAAAAUGCCCUUUUUGAGGAAAGCAAUAUGGUGACAAAUUUAGAGACUGGGGACCCUAAUUUUGGAGGAGCAGAAGGUAAUAAAAGAAAACUUGACAUUGGUGUUUGUUCCACGAAUUAUGAAGAGGCGUAUAAAAGCAAAGCAGAAAGUGAGGUUUUGGGACCAGAUGAAUGGCUGGAUAGUGAAAUAGAGAGGCUAAGUGGUCUUUUGCAGAGAGAAGAAGGUAUGAAUCAAAGUGGGGAUAGUGUCUUUAACACGAAGGGAGAAAAUGGGGCCAGAGACAUAACUGAGGGAAGAGACACAGAGGUCAUGGCACAAGAGAAAAUGACAAUAAAAGGUAGUGGUAAUGAAGAUGGUGUCAAUUUGAGCUCAAAUGCAGAGAGCAGUACUACUACAACUACGGGGGAGUGGAAUAUUUGUUCUUCUUCAUCUGUGUCAAGGUUUGAUGAGGAAUGGGUUGAUUGGGGUCUUUCAGGGUUUGGUGAUCAUCAUCAUCUUCAAUGCUCCGAUGAUCAAUGGGAGUUAUGGGAUGAUGGGGAUUUCAACAGGAUGUUGUGUUGGUUAUGGGAUGGUGGCAGCAACAAUGGUCAAGGACAGGGGUUUCAAUGAAUUAAUCACAAAGUUCCUGGGUGGUAAUUAAAAUCCAUAUUAAUCUAUUUGUUGGUCAGCACAUUUCGAAGUUUCUUUCUUUCUUCAAUUGUUUUCUGUUGUAAGGAAGGAAACAGCCAAUCAGGGGGGAAUGAAAUUCAAUUCCUACAAUUAUUCUCCAAUAUUAGCAUGUAGUUUUUGGUGGCUAAGAUUGAAUCUGUCAAGUCUAUAAACUUUUUAAGGCUUUUCUUUCAUAUACGGCAUCCACCAUCUGCAUUUCAACCACUAUUAAUUAACUUUAAUGGAAUGC